AUGGCUGCUGAGGACUCAGCGGAAGCGGCAGCAGGGCUUGUUGAGGCGUUCCGUGCCCUGGACGGGCGGCGCGUGGGUUGGCUCUCUACGGCGACGGUGAAGUCGCUCCUGGAGAGAUAUGGUGACUUCUCAGACGCGGAGAAGGAAGAGUUUCUCGCGGAGGCAGAUCAGGGGGCCAAAGUGCACUACGAACGUUUGGUGAAUGAGAUUAUAUUUGGUGAUAGUCGCUGA